AUGAGGUUGUUCCUGAGUGUCCUGCUGGUCACUGCUCUUUACUGCUAUGAGGCCAAUGCGUCUACCUGCCCAGCCUUAGUAGAGGAUACGUUGAGCUUUCUCUUUCAAAAUGCAGCUAUCUACAAGAAAACACGUGAGAAAUAUGACCUACCCCAAGACGCCAUUCAGGCCAAGUUGGAAGUGAAGGAUUGCACAGAUAAGAUAUUCCUUGGGAAUAGAAUUCUAAUUGCAAACACACUGGGAGAAAUCCUGAAAAAAUGCUUCAUAUGA